AUGAGCCAUCAAACCUUUUUAUUUAGCCCUAAAUUUAGCAAGAAACCAAUCUAUGAUUCACCAACAAAUAAAUAUCAAGAAUUUUCUAAUGCUUAUGUAUAUAGUAUUAUGGUGAAGACAGGAAAUGGUACCCCUAACCGUGCUGAUAUUUGUCGCGAAGCAACACAAGAAUGGAAUAGAAUUAAAAAAAAAAGCACAACAGAAAUUGAUGAAAUAAUCAGAAGAUACCUAAUCACACAAUUUAACUUAUAUGAUAUACAAACAAUGAGACCAAGAUAUCCUAUACCUAGAGAAGACUUGACCCCCCUUCCUACUACUAUUCGUUUGGUAGAACCUACACCGGAAAUUCCUGUUAAUGCAGCAGCUCAAAAAAAGGUAGCAAAUGGAAUAACAAUAGCUGAAAAAAAACUUACUGAAUUUGAGCAAAUUUACAAUUUCACAACUGAUUCUCAACUUCGUCAUGAUAUGCAUAAAAAAAAACAGAAACUGCUUCUUGAAAGUCAAGAAAUAAUACUAUAUGAUAAACCUGGUCGUCCACCACUCCUUUUCCAACAUCCAGAUUUACAUGAUCAUAUUCAUGAUUCAGUUGAGUUUGGAUCAGCUGAUGAAAAACGGCGAAAAGAAGUGGUUAAGGUGCGGAUAAUCAAAAAUUUGCGUAAGAAUCUUGAAGAGAAAUAUAAUGUCUACAUGGCAAGAACAACAUUGAAUAACUACCUGCUGCUUUGUCAAUCCAACUCCAUUGCUCCAAGAGCAGAU